UUUGAUAAUCAGCCAGACAGACAGGUGUGAUUUUACUACCCUCAGGUACUGCUCUAAAGGCAAUAGUAAUACUUUGUGAGUAUUGUGACAUUUUCAUGAUAUAAAUUUCUGGGUUGGUUUAACCAAAGGACAGUAAUGAAAAACUGAAGGAUUGUAAUGUCUUAAAAAUCAGUAGAAAUUUGAUGCCUUGAAAAACUGAAGACAUUUAAUGCCUAGAAAUAGUAAAGAGGUUGAACUAUUUUAUGAUUGUGAUAAAGUGAAAGUGAAAGUAGCGUGAUUAACCUUCGACAAUGGAUGCUGAUUUAGUGGAUGUGAAACAAAUGUUUUCGGACAUGAUGAGGAGGGUCCAGCCAUGGACUCUUUCUCAUUUCAUCAUGUGGUUGGACCUAAAAAUAGCAGAAUAUAAAGUGCUAGGAUACAUGGUUCUGGAUAAGAAGUCAGCCUAUGAUAAAGAUCAAGCUACAGUGUACAGACAAACAAGUAGGAUUAAUACGUCAUCUCCACUUUCAGAAUCAUCAAGUGAACAAAUAUAUGAUUUACCGAUUCAAGGGAAACAAACCAAACAGAAUCGAUCACCAAAUAUGACGAAUGAUUAUAUGGAAACUGAAAAUUAUACGAAACCCGCUCAAGGUAGUAAACAGAAAAGUGUCACUAACGCUGGGAUGAAUGAAAGAACAGAUAAUUCAUGGCAAUUUAGAAAGCAGAAAAGUCAGAACCAAGAAUGUGAAAGACAAAUAUCUGUUUCUGGAAAUCAGGAGAGCUGUGAAAAUAAAUCUGUUGACAAUAAAAUUCAGAAUCAAAGAAAACCAAGAAAACCAGGAAAAGUUUUACACAGUAUUGUUAAUAAUUUAAAGCAAAACUCUAUAAACAAUCCUGUAGUGGGAGACUCAGGACCAGAUUUAUGCAAAACAGGGAACCAGAAGAAUGACAUAUCUGAGAGAGAAGUGUAUCCAUCAUAUAAAACAAGAGAUUCACCAUCCUUACAAGGAAAAUAUCAAUAUAAUGGUAUCAACACUCAAAACAACCAAGUAAUGUCAAGUCUGACAAGAAGACAGGAACUAACUUCUGGACCAAUACAAGAUGAUAGAUCAUUAAAUAGAAACACGGAAAUUUCUGCUUCCCAGGAAUCAGAGGAUAGUGCACCUUUAUAUAAAAGCCAACAGUUUAGUUCAUUGAUUUCACUUUCAAGGUCACGUGGAAGGAGACGAAGGUCAUCAAAUGAGGAAAUAACCUACCCAUUAAUUAAAACUAAAGAUACUGAAAUUACACAACCUUAUGAUGAACCACCAAGAGCUCAAAACCUAGCUGAUUUUUAUUUUGCGCAAAAUCAGCUUGAUGAACAAUUUGCUGUAAGGCGAGCACAACAAAGUGUUUGUAAAAAGACAUCAAAAUAUUACGAGAAUGAAGACCCACCGUCAAACAAUCAGUCUGAGCAAAAUCAAAAUAUAAAGGGAUUAACGCCAAGCAAAUGUGACAAUGGAUCUAAAAUCUUAAAGAAUGUGUCUGUUAAACAAGAAGUUGUAUCGCCAGUCAGAAGUGAAGUUAACAGUCCAAGAAAUCCUGACAUUGAGAGAGAGAAGACACCAAACUCUCUCGAAAGUUCACUUUCUAAACAAUUCAUUGAUGAUAGGAGUCAUAACAGUAUGUCUAACACUGGUAAUGAAAUGGUGGUUAAUGGAAAUAACAGCCCAGUUGUUGUAAAGUCAGAACCUCAAAAUGACGAGGAAUAUAGCUCUUCAACAGGGAAUUAUUACAAUCAAAGUUACAGUUCCGAUGGGGACACUACAAAUUACAAGGACACUUCAACACAUUUUGAAUACCAUGGAGAUGACAUAGCAGAAGAAUCUUACAUGCAGGACAAUUCUGAGUUGUAUGGAGAAGAUAGCAGCAAUGAUGUGCUACAGGGGUCAGCUGGAAUGGACCAACAUGACAAUAAAAUAAUGAGGCAGAGAAGUUACAAGAAAAGACAAUCGGAAAGUUUACCAAAUCAAGUUCCGAGAGAUGCUUCGUCAGGAAAGUUUGUGUGUGAACUAUGUAGUAAGACAUUUACAAAUAGAUCAUCGUACUUCAGACAUAAGAGAAUUCAUGGAGAAAAGAAGUACCGUUGUUUUGUGUGUGAUAAAGCCUUUCAUAGGAAAGAACACUUUCAAUCACAUAUUCAUAGACAUACUAAAUCGUUUCCUUUAAAGUGCUGCAAGUGUAGUUACGAAUCACACAGCUUGGAUGAAGCAAAUACUCACUUUCAAGACAGUCACAGUCAUCUUGAAACAGAAUCAUCAAAUUGAGCAAUUUAUACAAACUAUAACAUAUCAUGUAUGUCCACUGUUGAAUUUUAGAAUCUUGCCAAAUAUUGCUAUCUUUUAAACAAUUGCCUAUUGUUUUGAAGCUUAAUUAAACCGGUAGAUGUCCAAGAACUUUCUCAU